UUCACCGUGACUUUAACGAUAUAGCCUACACAGGGUUAAAAAACAACUAUUUCAAAGGUCCCAUCAGUUGAAUUUGUUCCACGCAAAUACUUUGAAAUAAUUCGAAAAAUAGGGAAGUUUGCAAUGUUCAGAUAGCCAGAGGCUCUAGUUUUAUGGCAUAUGGAAAGUAUGUAGCAAAGGAGCCUAUACCUGCAUCUUUUUGUACUACUUCUAAUACAUCAAAUAAGACGUUGUAUAGCCUAGUAUUGUUUAUUAUUCAGGUAGACACCGUCUUGCGUAAUACCAGCAUAUUGGAAGGCACAAUGACUGUAAACUUGUUAAUUGCAAUAAAUAAAGGCCGGUAAAAUAAGAGAAACCAACAUCAUAACAAUAGGCUUACUGUUUAGAAAAUACUAAACUGAAGAGACAUGUGGGGAAGUGUCAAUGAUCAUUGUGGAUAACGUGAUGUCCAUGGCUAAGGUAUGACCACUCCAACGUGUCAGGUAUUAGUAGCGCAAGUCCGAUUAAAAGUGGUAGGCAGAAGCGCGGGUGGUAGGCAGGAGCGCGGCGAGAACCGUCAUGCGAGUGGUGAGUGGUGGAGUGUGGCGGCAGAGAGCGCGGCGACUACAGAGAGCUGGAAACUAGUGAAUGGCAAUCUGUCGGGGAAGUUCAACAGACCGCUGUCACAGAGCGACACCGGAGCCCUGCCUAAAACAAAGUGUCUCGUCUUCAAGUCUGGGGCGGCUGACCAACUCCGAAAAGAGGACACACAAGUUGGUCGGACUAGCUGCUAAUCACUUGUUACCGGCGCUUCGCUCCCAGUAACAUGCCUGCCAUUAAAAAGGAGAGACUGGAUGGGGACGUAUUGGCAUUGGCUGCCUUCAACCAGUCCGAAUACCUGGCCCCUUUAAAUGACACCGCUAUCACUGUGGUGACCCCGCACCCACCGCAGUACGACCAUAUUUUCGGCCAUCACCGCUUGUACUUGGGGCUCCACGACUCCGCACUGCAUCACCAGCACCUUCACCAUCACCCGGACGACUUAAUGCUGGAGAGGUUUUCCUCCAUCCCCGACUUUCAGCCGUUUUUUGAGAACGGGGAACCAUGCAUCGAGGUGGAGUGCGGGGAGAACAAGGCUUUACUAUACAUUAACAAACUGUGCCAAGGUAGUAAGGGACCCUCAAUCAAAUACCGGGGCGAGUGGCUCACCCCGAAUGAGUUCCAGUUUGUCAGUGGAAGGGAGACCGCCAAAGAUUGGAAACGAAGUAUAAGGCACAAAGGGAAAAGUUUAAAGACCCUUAUGUCCAAAGGAAUCUUACAGAACCGCGGGCGUUUGGCAGAGAAGCGCACCAUCCCCCUGCCCCCCAACCGUGUGCCCAAGAGGGAGCUCUCCUCCGUCUUCAGCAGUGACGACAGCGAGGGCAGCGACCGCACCAGCGGAGACCAUGCCCACAUCAAGCAGGAGGAUGAGCUACAUUACAGUAUCAUGAGAAAGAGUCGUGACAGUGACCUCUCUACGAUCAUCUCCAACCUCCACCACACCAGACAGCACGGCAUGCCCGAGAGCCAGCCCGCCACCGACCUCAGCACCAACACAGGACACACAGAAUGUAUCAAGGAGGAUCAGGUCCUGGAGCCGCUACAGGCUCUCAUGCCUCAGUCAGAUCGAGAGGCUCCCCUGCCUCAGCCGGCUCGUCUGUCUUUCAUGCCAUCGCAGAAUCGCCAGGCUCCCCUGCCUCAGCCGGUCUGUCAGGUUCCCACGUCCCAGCCGGCGAAAGGUUCCCACGCAUUAGCAGGGGAGACAGGUCUGCUCCUGAUCCCCGGGAUCGUCCCUUUGGUUGGCGUCCUGCAGCUGGAGCCGAACGCGCCAGGGAUGGGAUACUCUCACGUUUUCUGCGCCUUAGCAGAGGUGACCGGUCCGCUCCUGAUCUCCGAGGAUCGUAAUUUUGGAGGGCGUCCUACAGCUGGAGCCGUGCGCCGGGGAGGGGGUACUAUCACGCAAGAGGAGAGCCUACUCCCACAACACAAGCAGCAAGUGGCCCCCUCGGACAUCAAGAAGUCGCGCAGCGUUUCCCCCAAAGAGAAAUCCCACACCCCUGUGCUGGAGGGGGGCGGCCACAGUCACAUGACCCCGGAGGAGCACUACAGGCGGAUGAUGUCAGCGCUGAACGAGCAGGGCGAGGAGCAGCAGCAGCGCCUCUACCAGCUGGCCAACAACAUGGGCUUGCCCAGCCAUGAUCUGUUGCGGGUGCGCCAGGAGGCCCUGGCAGCAGUGAGGAACACAGGGGGUUUGGAGGCCCAUCUCCCUUCGGCAGGCAGCUCGUCCAGCCAGAGACGCAAGCAGGGCCUGCCCCAGCACAGAGACGCCCACUACACUGAGAGGGAGAUGUCCCAUCCUCCGCCUCUGCUGUCCACCCAGAACGGCCCUCACAUCACAUUGGGACCCCACCUGCGGCCCCCCUUCUUGGGCAUGCCCUCUGCCCUGUGCCAGUCCCCCGGCUAUGGUUUCCUCCAGCCUGCCCAAGCUGAAAUGUUUGCCCGGCAACAGGAAAUGCUUCGGAAGCAGAACUUGGCCAGGUUGGAGAUGUCAGCAGAGCUGCUCAGACACAAGGAGCUGGAGAGUCUCCACAGGCAGCAGCAGCAGCGUGCAUUGGGGGGUUCUGACCCCAUGGGCCUACCCCAUGGCCUCCCUCCGGACCAUCCCGCCCUGCGCAGUCUCCACCACCUGCCCGAGGGACACCCCCUCCACGAGGAGCUCAGCCGACGCCAAAACGCCAUGCUGAUGCUCCGACACACCAGCACCCCCCUACUCUCCCUCAACCACCAGGGGCCCUCGGGGUCCACAACGCCCAAAGAUACCCAGGGACAAGGCUCCGGGGCUGGGGCCGGAUUGAGUAAGGGGGGCUCCCGGAAAGGCCCCCAGCAACCUAGGGGGGGAGACCACCAAGAGAGGGAGGGCCGAGGGAGGGACGGAGAUGCAGAUGGGCAGGAUGAAGAAAUGAAGGACACGGAUAGCGAGACGGAGAUGGGCGAGGAUAGGCAUGAGGGAUUGUUUGCCAAGGCAACCGACUGGCAUGGGCUUCACAGGGACAGAGGGAAAGAGAGCGGCGGGAAGGGGGGGUGUGACGGUGCCAAAGAGGCGGGCGAGGGCUCGGGUCGGCUUAGUGCCCCCUGUAGCUCGGCGGGUGCAGAUUCACCACCCAGUCAUCACCUCUUCACCCCGGGGCUGGGCAAGAGCGAUGUCAAGUACCACUUUCCACCUGGCGCCAUGCCUCCUCUGCCAGGGCUCCACGGCCAGUCGCUGCCCUUUGGAUUUCCCUACACAAGUCCCUACUUCCACACUGGCGGUAUGGGAGGUCUGUUAAUGGACGGUGAGGACUCUGCGGCGCCCCCGGUGGAGGACAUAAGCAAGUGGAGUGUGGAGGAGGUGUGUGGUUUUGUGGGAGGCCUGGCCGGCUGUGCUGAGUACACCCAGGUGUUUCGGGAGCAGGCCAUUGACGGAGAGACACUCCCGCUGCUCACAGAGGAGCACCUGCUCAACACCAUGGGACUGAAGCUGGGCCCUGCGCUCAAGAUACGCUCUCAGGUGGCGCGGCGCGUUGGCAGACUCUUCUACAUGACCAGCUUCCCGCUGGCGCUCCCGGUGCCGCCAUCUGCCCUGCGUCCCCCGGACAGGGACCCCCUUCUGUCCGACACCCUUCUGGCGGUCCCACUGCGACCCCCCUCCGUCGCCAGCAGCAGCUCCUCUCCCUACAGCGGCCCUCCGCCCCCGUGUCACUCCUCCCCCAAGCAGGAGAACGGCUCCGCGUCAGGGGUCUACGAGGGGGCCAAGACGCCCUCCUAGGACUCAACUGGCUGCACAGGGAACAUGUACUGUAGAGGAGGAGGAGGGGUGUGGAGAGGGUUCAGAGAAACCCCUUGUAACAAAAAUUGUCCCCAUUUCCUGUAAAAUAUCAAAAAACUACAACUAAAGAAAAUGAACUGACCAGACUUCAACUUCAAGUUCCACUGUGGCUGUAGCCAAGCAGAAUCCAAAGACGUGACUGACAGUGGGCUGGAGGGAGAGACAUCAUGAAGCGACAGAGGGAGAGAGAGAAAGAGAGAACGAGAAAGAGAGGGAGGGAGCAGACAGCUGGUCUCAGUCAGAUUGCCAAAAAAAAGAGCGAAGCGCCACAACUACGACAUUCUUCUGAGUGAGACAGACAGACGCUAACGGAAACUCUUCCUUCCUGGGCUGAAGGAAGCCCCCCCCCUCUCGCUCUCUCUCUCUCUGCUCCCCAACACACCCGGCGGCGCCCAGCACUUAAAAGGAAGACGCCUCUUCCCUCUUUUCUCUCACUCACUUUUCUCCCCACUCCCAGUCUCAGGAGCCCAAACAGCUCAGAGGAACUGAGAAUUCUGGAGGCUGGAGUGAAAGGACUCAAAACCCCCCUCAUUAUUGCAACUAUGCAUUCCACAGUCCAAAACCAAAGAUUACCGGAUGUGUGGAAUCAGGACGAUAUUUCAUGUUUGUUUCUGGGGUUUUAUUUUGUUUUGUUUUUGCUUUGUGGGAAAAAUGUGUAGUCUUAGGGAGGUGUGGUACAUUAAGGAGAACAGUGAGCCAGGUACCAUAUAACUGUCUUUAAGAGACAAGGGGGACUCUUUGAUAGGUGACAAAGGUACACAACACAGUGUUGUGCCCAUAAGCCAACAGUCUACGCUGAGUUCUUUCUCUGACACGCCCUGAUAAAAAGGGCCAAAUGUUACUGAUAUGGGAUGGUGACGAAACGGUGGCUUCGGCUCAUAGAGCUAAUGUCAUUGUAAAAUCCUGUUAACUACUGUGGGAGAUACAAACACGCUGAAUUGUACAGAAUGAUGCUUAUGAUGGAAAUAAGGUUACAGACGUAUUUGGGGGGUUCAUUAAAUGUAGUUGCACGAA